AAUAUAGAAAAGAAAAUGGUGGUCGUUUGAUGUAAGUGUAUAGAACUGUUCUUUGUUGUUAAAGUAGAAAUACUGUUUUAAUCGUACGUGAAAUAGUUUAAUCUCCAUUUAGUAAAACUAACUAUAUAAUUUCUAACUCAAUGUAUGUUCAUGAAGUGUCUGUGACUGUUAAAUAUCUAUGGCACAUAAUACAGAAGACUUUUUCGAUGCAUUUAAGAACAAACCUUUGACUAAAGUGGGAAAGUUUAAUUUUAAAAAAGUUGAAAGGAGUGAUAACAAAUCUGCUGCAUCAGAAACCGUGUCGCAUUUUUUCUCGCCUUCCAAGAAAAAUGAAAACGUUACACAUGACCCAUUAGAAGAUGAAUUGGAGGCUAUCUUUAAAGAUACUCCCACCAGGAAUGUAUCUUCCAUAAAAUCCACAACACAUAAUUCCAGCAAGAAUGAAAAAUCUAAUUGCAAAUCUGUUGCUAAUAACUUUAGUAAGCCAAAUCUUAAUUUAAAACGUUUAUCAAAUGUCAGUACCAGUCAGAGAACAAAUUCUGCUACUAACAGUCAGAAGUCUUCCACACAGACUACAAAAUCUGUAAAAAAAAUCUCGAAUUCACAAACUACAAUAUUACAAUUCACAAGCCAAAGUAAAGCUAACACAGUACAAGAGAAAACUGUAACUACAACUUCCACACCUCUCUCUCAGUCAAAAUUUAGUUUUAAACAUGUACGCAGAAAUUCUUCAGAAGAUUUUGAGAAACCAACACAGAAAAUAUGUCAAGAGAAAAUCAAUGUGAAAACAUCGAAGAGUUGCAGAGAUCCAGAAAAAUUUAAUUUCAAGAAAAAACCAGUAAAGAAUACUGUUGCUGCUUUUGAAUCUCUUUUUGGUGAGGAAGUCUCUACAAAAACAGUACAGAAGCUAGAACAAAAAAAUUCUCUUAGCAGUAAAGAAAGCCCAAAGAAAGAAAUAAACAUAGAUAUUAAAUUGCAGAAAAGUAACAGUGAAUUGAAUGUUGCAGCUUUAGAGUCUCUAUUUAGUGAGGAACUCUCUACAAAAACAGUACAGAAGCUAGAACGAAAAGAUUCUCCUAGCAGUAGCAGUAAAGAAAGCCCAAAGAAAGAAAAAAACAAAGAUAUUAAAUUGCAGAAAAGUAACAGUGAAAUGAAUGAUAGUACAAAACCCAAAUUAGAUCAAGAUUUAGAAACUGUUGAUAAAAUUACUGAAAAUGUCAAUAAGUGUAGUUUUAAUAGCCCUAGCUCAUCAACAGAUUCUCCUGUGGUAAGACGGAAAAAAUUCCAAUUUAAAAAAGCUUUAUCUUCUGAUUCUCCUAUAAGUCCUAGUUUAUUAGCCAUGGGCACGAGUAAAAAGUAUAAUAAUAGUAUAAUUUCCGUUAGUUCUGCAGAAUGUUCUCCAGUUAUUCAAAACACCAAGAUUCCAACAGAAAAAAUUGAGAAAACAAAUAAUACUCAUUAUUUUGACGAUGACAAUGAUAUUAUUAGUCAGGCUUUAUGUGCUGCAGAGGGUGAUUACUUGGAUGAUGAAACAUUUGAAAAACUCUUUGGUGGGUCAAGUAAAAAAUCAGAUGAUCCAAUUGAUUUAAGUGCAAUAGAUUGGAAUGAUGAUUUUCCUCAACAUGAGGAAGAUUUUACAGAAACUCCAUCAGUAGCACAUGACAGUUAUAAAGAAGAAGUUUCUGCAAUCAACUGGGAGGAAGAUGAUUUUGGCGAAGAGCCUUUUUCAUCUCAAAUAAGUUUUAAAGAUAGAAAUGACAACCUUUCUGAAUUCGAUAAACGAUAUCACUUCUCAGAUGUUAUGGAGGAAGUUCUGCACCAAAAAUUUGGUCUUCAGACGUUCAGACCGCAACAACGUGAGAUAAUUAAUGCAACCCUUGAGAGACAUGAUUGUUUUGUUCUUAUGCCAACUGGUGGAGGAAAAAGUCUGUGUUACCAGCUGCCUGCUGUACUAAGUGAAGGAGUAUCAAUAAUUAUUUCGCCUCUAAGAGCGUUGAUUGGAGAUCAGGUGGAUAAAAUGAAUGGUCUUGAUAUUGCAGCUGCUCAUCUUUGUCAAGAUGUUGGUAUUGAAGAAACAGGACGAAUUAUGACCAAGUUGCACUGUAGAGAACCACUCAUAAAACUGUUGUAUCUUACGCCAGAAAAAAUAAUGGCUUCUAGACAAGUGAGUGAUAUGUUGAAGGCUUUGUAUCAAAGAGGGAAGUUAGCUAGGUUUGUUAUUGAUGAAGCUCACUGUUUGUCUCAAUGGGGUCAUGAUUUUAGGCCUGACUACAAAGAGUUAUCAUUCCUUAAAGAUGAAUUUAAAAAUGUCCCAAUAAUGUGCCUUACAGCUACUGCUACCAAAAUGGUCGAGACUGAUGUUAUUAACAUUUUAAAGCUAAAAAAUGUUAAGAGAUUCAUUAUGAGUUUUAAUAGACCAAAUAUCAAAUAUCAGGUUAUAGAGAAGAAGAAGAAAUUUGCUAGUGAGGAAAUAGUCAAUUUGAUCAAAAAAAAGUUUUUAAAAAAAUCAGGAAUUAUUUAUUGUUUAGCUAGAAAUGACUGUGAAACUUUAGCAGACACUUUAAAUGCAGCUGGUAUCAAAACAAGACCUUAUCAUGCAGGAAUGAGUGAUAAGAUCCGUGCAGCAAUUCAAAGAGAAUGGAUGCAAGACAGGUUUUUUGUUAUUGUUGCUACAAUUGCAUUCGGAAUGGGCAUUGACAAACCUGAUGUACGGUUUGUAAUACAUAAUUCAAUUCCAAAAUCUGUUGAAGCUUUUUAUCAAGAAUCUGGGAGAGCUGGCAGAGAUGGUGAUUUAUCAUAUUCUUAUCUGUUUUACAGCUACGCUGAUGUCAUAAGAUUACAAAGGAUCAUGGGUAGGGAAAGAAAUUCGAGUGCUAAAGCUCGAGAAGGCCACAAUAACAACCUCAAACAAAUGGUUUCCUUUGCAGAAAAUGUAGUUGAUUGUCGUCGUUAUUUGCAGUUAAUACAUCUCGGAGAAAAUUUUAAUCGCCAACUUUGUAUUAGAAAUAAAGCCACAACAUGUGACAAUUGUGAAAAUUUCGAAUCAUAUAAUAGUGUCGAAGUUACAAAAGAGGCAAAAGAAUUAGGUACCUUAACCAAAGAUCUCUGUGCACGGAGCAAUGUGACAAUGUUACAUGUUGUUGAUGUAUAUAAAGGUUCCAAAUUAAAGAAGAUUUUGCAGAUGGGACACGAUAAGCAUCGACUUUAUGGUGCUGGUUCUUCAUUGAAUAAACCAGACAUACAUAGAAUUUUGAAAAAAUUAGUAUUGGGUAAUGUCCUAGAAGAUAAUGUUACUUGCAAUGGAGAGUUUCCAGUUGUUUACAUAAAAGUUGGAAAGAAGUUUGAUAUGCUCCAUAGUUCAAACUUUAAAAUAACCAUUCCAGUAAAUAAAAAGUCUGUUACAAAAAUAAAUACAGAGGAAAAAAUCGAACCAGUGGAUAUUGAUGAUUCACCUGGGCCUUCAGACAUUCAAGAUUCACCUGCUUUACCCAAAAUCCUUCCUGUAGUUACCAAUCAAACCAAAAACACUGCGUAUGGCAAGUAUAACAAAGUAAAAAUAAACAAACUAAAAGUAGAGUGUCACGAAGCUCUUUUGGAGGAAUGCCGCAAGAUGGCUUUAGAAAGAAAUCUAACUUUGUCAUCGAUUAUGAAUCUUACAGCUAUAAAAACAAUGUCUGAUGUUCUGCCAAAAACCAAAGAAGAAUUCUUAAAAAUCCAGCACGUAACAGCUGCCAAUUAUAAGAAGUGUGGUGAAAACUUUUUAAAGAUAACCAAAAAAUUCAGCGAAGCAGUAGACAAUUUGGUAACAGCUCCGAAAUUAACAGAAACUUCCUUAUCUGUAGAUAAUGAAAAUGACUGGUGUGACUCACAAUCUUCAUCUUCACGAGGAACAAAGAGAAAGUGGACGGGGGGUAAUAAAUGGACUGGAAAAAGAGCGAAAGGUACAUGGAAAAGACGAAAGCCAAGAAGUCCACGGAAGAAGUCAACAGGUUCCAAGAAGGGUUCUUGGGGUAAAGGAAAGGGUGGUAAAAGUGGUGGUGGUAUAGGAUUGAUGCCUGUACAUUUCAAAUGAAAAUAAGUAGACAAUAUAGUUCAAAUAUUUUGACUAUGUAUAUUUAAUUAUCAUAUCAAAAGAUAACAAGUAAAAAAACAACUGUACAAUAUUCACGUCUUGAUUUACUGUCCAAUAUCUACGUUUUGAUCUGCCGAACAAUAUCCAUGUUGAAGCUCAAACUGAUAGAAUUGGGUUUAAUCUGUGUAAACAGGAGUUUUGAAAUAUUGAAAGAGAGAUGAGAGGCUAGAACUUUAUAUCAUUAUGUCACUUUCAAUAUUUUUGAUACACAGUUAUGGUCUGAAUAUGCUGUGCUUAAAUAUCUAAGGUAUUACAAUUACUUUCAAUGAUCUUUUAUUACUUCUCCAGAUAGAUGGAAAUUUCUUUCGACUAAGUAGUGAAUAAAUGUUUUCAUCACUUUUUUAUUAAAAAUCAUUGAAUUGUAUUACCUAUUAAAGUAUUUUUUAAAUCGACAAUUUUGAUAAUAGAUGUGGUGUUACAAAAUGUCUACUUUCUGGUUGUAGUCGUUUUGUGUUACUGUUAAUAAUGAAAUCAUGUUGGUACAUUUAUAUUUGUCUUUUGUUUUUUUGUAAAUAUUUUUAUUUAUUAUUUUGUAUUAUUUAAAAAAUAAACAAUUUUUCC